UGCUAUAAAAAUAGAUCUGAUUCCUCUUCAGAUAAUAAUAACAACACAGAACAACAUUGCAAAGGAUGUGAUAAAGAUCAUCCUUGUAGUUUGUUCAUUGAUAAUAAUAAAACAUUUCGUACUUGUAAUUUGUGCCGCACUCAAGACAAAAAAAAUAAAAAUAAAAAGCACCCCAAAGAACAUAAUAAUAAAAUAAUUGUAGAUUUUCAUGAUUUUUAUAACCAUAUUUUGACUCAUUCGAAG